AUGGUCACAGCCUUCGGUGACCAUCAUCCAGCGAUGCUAGAUUGUGAGGGGCUGCUGCAGGCAGCUGCCGCGAAAUUGGGCCUUCUUCCGCUCGAGGUGGCUCGUGCCGGAGGCUACUACCUCUGUGGCAGUGUUCCGGGCGGCUGUACGAACGAUCCGCUGCAGGCCUUCGUGCAGGCAUGGUCCGGACGAUCGGCCUCCGGAACUUUGCGGACUGCAGACGAAGAGGCAGAUGAGAUACGUGAGGUCUUCGCCAUGCACCCGCACCGGCGGGCCUCCCAGCCGGAUGUGCUCCUUUGCACCAAUCUCGCCGUUUUCUGUUGGCUCCUGCGUCGAAGAGGAGUGUCAUCCUCCAAGAUGACCAUGCCGGCACUCCAUGUGUUUGGCAUGGCCUUCCUGGCGGAUGUGCCCAAUUCAUGGAGGUCCGACAUGUUGGCUGACUUCUACGCCUGGUGGAGCUCCCCGGGCCCAGACGUCUUCGCAGCCUGCCAGGAGGUGCUAUCACUCCAAAUGUGGUGGCAGAUGGGCGUCAAGGUCCCCUUCGUACCUCUCGCGGGUAUCUCGUCGCGGGUAGGAGCGGCCUAUGACCCUCCCCAGGAGGAACCAUCAUUGCUGGUACUUCGAAGCGUUUUUUGGCACCUGCCAGCGGGACAAGUCUUCGCAGCGCUUCUGGAGCGGUUUGCAACAAGUGCGUCGCCCCACGUGCAUCUCACCUGGCUCGGGCGCUACACGCACACCAUCAGCAUGCGGCAAGUGGGGCCUCAGGAGUCGAAGCAGUGGCGAAGCUUCGACAGCAUGGGGAAGCACACAUGCGCGCUUGAUGUUCCCGCAGAGAUCUCUCAGAUGAAGGUGCGAGACGUGAUGGGCAUCGGCCUCCCUUUGAUGUCGCCCGAAAGGGCCUGGUUGCUAAGGUUGUUGCACGACAUGUACCGUGGGUGGGGCCAGCUGCACAUUGAGUACGGCAGCGAACGAUCGCCGCACACCGACGCCCACGUCUCGUGGCCCCAUGCGCCCUUCUACGAUCCCAAAGCGGAUCCCAUCAGCCGGCUAUCUUACUGGCUGCAGCUUGCAGACCACUUUCGGUACCCCAGCGUCGUGCACUUUGCCUCGCUUCCGGAGAUGAUGGAGAAGGUCAUCGGCGAGGACUGGGCCAAAAUCAGCGUUCAGACGCGUGCGCACCAUCGACGAGUCAUGUCCCAGAGUGAAGCGAUGCUCCGCACGCGGGUGAUGGGCAAAGUCCCGGAAAUGCUACAUGUCCGGAUGAUGGCAUCGGGAGAAGAGGUCGUUGCUCUCUCCGCUGAAGAGUUCGACACUCUUGCCGCGUCAACAGAAAGGUCGGUCCGAGUUCUGAAAGAGCACCUGGCGAGGGUAACGGGAUGUCCGCGCUUCCGCCUUCGUGUGCUUCACAAGGGCUCCAUGUUGCAGGACGAGACGCGCUUGGACCUCCCCGUUUCUUUGGCACUGGUAAAGCUGAGCUUCGAAGAGCCGGAGAUGGCGAACUUGGAAGAGGUCGGCCACGCAGCUUCUAUGGACGAUGCAGUUACUGUGGAAGCCUUCCUCCAGAGGCCUCAACACCCUGAUCUCGCAAUCGAGCGAGGCCUCACGUGUUUGGGUUUCGCUGCUCGAAGUGGUCAGUUGAAGUCUGCGAAGUUGCUUCUUGAAGCCAGGGCGGAUUUGAACAAAAGCGACGAACAAGGCGUUACACCGUUGCAUUUGGCAUCGGCUGAGGGUCACAAGAAGGUUGUGCGAUGGCUCCUCAAGAACCGUGCUAUUGUGGGUGCUGGUACCACACAGGGUGACACGUCCUUGCACUUCGCUUGCGAUAUGGGCCAACGGAAAAUCGUGCGCAUAUUACUGGAGGCAAGAGCAGAUAGUCAGCAGCAGGAAUCUCGAGACGGCGCCACACCCUUGCACUGUGCGUGCCUGUCCGGCCAAGUGAAAGUCGUGGAACUGCUGCUGAGUGCAUCUGCAGAUGUACAUAAACAGACACAGCGGGGUGCAACACCGGUACACUGGGCGUGCCACCACGGCCACGUGGAUGUUGCACGUGCGUUGGUGUGGUCACGAGCGGAUGUAAACCACGCCAGCGCAACCGGAGCAACACCUCUUUAUUGUGCCUGCGAUUUAGGACAUGUGGAAAUGGCCCGGUUCUUGAUUCAAGCAGAUGCCGACAUACAUCGAGACACAACGAAUGGCAUGACCCCGCUCUUUGUCUCAAGUAUGCUGGGGCACACGGAGAUAGUGCGUGCGCUGGUGAAGGCUGGUGCGGACGCGAAGAAGGCCACAGCCGGACAGAUACCGCUGCACAUCGCAUGCAUCAAUGGACAUGUAGACAUCGUCCGGAUCUUACUGAACGGCCAAAUCCGGCAACCAGCGCCAGCUCCAGCUCUGGCUCUCCAUUCGGACACUUCCCUUCUCAAAGCCUUACAUCUCUCGUGCGCCUUUGGACAUGUGGAUGUAGUGAUGCUUUUGAUAGGCACCGUGAAUGUGGAUGGCUUGGAUAAGCACGGCAUGGCGCUGUUGCAUCAUGCUUGCGCUCUUGGCCGAGCUGAAGUUGUCCGCUGCUGCCUUCGGGCUGGUGCUGGGGUUGAUGUGCAAACAUCGGGUGGAACAACUCCCUUACAAGUUGCAUGUGUCGCAGGCUCCGUGAGAAUCGCAGAGCUGCUGAUUCAGCAUGGGGCUAGAACAGAUCUUCCCGAUCGGCUGGGCAUGACGCCACUGCUGGUUUCUUGCCACACCCGGCAGGUCGAACUCGCAAAACUGCUCUUGGACAACGGUGCGGCUACUGACAGACCUGCCAUGGAUGGUGUGUUGCCACUCCAUGUGGCCUCUAUCCAUGGGCACGAAGAGCUUGCCCACCUGCUGAUACACAAGAAAGCCGACUUGGAUGCGUCCACAGAAGACGGCCAGACGGCGCUGUGCAUUGCUCGGUUUCACGGCCACUGGGGCGUUGUACGUUUGCUGAUGCAGGCUGGUGCUGUUGAAACGCGACAGCCGAAAAGGCGACGCAGGAUUAAAGGUCCUUAA